AUGGCGAAAAUUUCUUUGGAGAAGAAGAUUUUCUGUGAAUAUCCAUCAAAUCUCAGAGUUCUUGCCAUUGACACUGACCUUACAGUUCUUGAGUUCAUCAAGAAAGUAUGUAAUGAAUAUUGCUAUGAAGUUAUCACAUGCACGGAAUCGCUACAUGCCACUAUAAUUUUGCAGGAAAAAAGGUCGACCAUUGAUUUGGUUCUGAUGGAAGUUCAUAUGCCAAAGAUGGAUGGCUAUGAAUUCUUGCUUACCACCCAAGAAAUCGAUGUUCCGAAAAUCAUGAUGUCUUUCGAUGAUAGCAAGAAAUCUGUGAUGAAGACUAUCAAGCUUGGAGCUUGCGAUUAUAUGAUUAAGCCUUUGCAUGAGGAUCGACUGAGAAACAUGUGGACACAUGUUGUUAGAAAAUCAAUGAAUGAGAAUAAGAUGAGAAAAAAGAUUGGUAAUAGCUUGGAAGAUGAUAAUCAGAAUUCUAAAUUUGUGUUUUCUUCUAGCGAUGAAAUUUCAAGAGAAGUUGAUAAUGCUGGUGAAUCAAAGAAGUCUCGUGUAGUGUGGACAACAGAAUUGCAUGGUAUAUUUGUCAAAGCUGUGAAUCAAAUUGGACUUGCAAGUAUGAUUCUUCAGCCUUUUUGCUCUAUUUUCUUUUUCACUGUUCAUCCAAUCUAUGAAUUUAAUGCAUACUACAUGUAUGAGAUAAGAUCUGAUCUGACACUUUCAGUUUUCCUCCUUCAUUCUCAUCUGUUAGAUGCUGUGCCAAACAAGAUUCUGCAACUCAUGAAUACGCCUCAUUUGACAAGAAACAAUGUUGCAAGCCAUUUGCAGAAAUAUAGAAAUGUUUUGAAGGAAAAAGCUAGCAAAGAGAAAGAGAGAAAACCAGAACCAAAAAGAGAGCAGCAAUCUGUCUCAGAUAUACAAAUGGAUAAUCAUCAUGCAGAAGAAGCUUUUGGUUUUGCACUUCCUGAUCCACUUGCUAUUUAUCCAAGCUUUGCUAUUCCUCAGAAUUUUCCUCAGGAUUUUCCACAGACUAUAGAUUCUGGAUGUGGAAUAUGGUCUCCAUAUAAUGCAAUCUUAGCAGAAGAUCAGGCUAUGCUUCAGAUAAACACUGUGUCAGUAGAUACAUUGCAGCAGCAGCAGCAGCAGCAGCAGUACAUGCAGUCUUCAGUGAUGCAGAAUCAAGUUCCUCUGAUAAAUUUUGAACCAUCUUCUUUGAUAAUUUCUGAAAAUCCAUAUUUGGUGACCCAGAAUGAUAACUUUGGCAGAAAUGUUGAUCAGAGAAGCAUUCAGUGA